CAACAAUAUUUAACACCAGACAACUUCUUCCUUAGAGAAUUUAUCCCAGCGCACGACGUAAUUAGCGAAGCGCUCAUUUUCGGCUCAUGUCACAUGAUAGCCUUAGGGAGAUAAAGAUACAUGACAUCGCUGUAAAAUGCGAUUUAACCCUCCUCCUCACUCAAUCUGAACUGAACAUAACGCGAUAUUGUGGUGUUGGAAUCUAAAAAUGGCUCAAAUGUUCCCGAGGAUCUUACUAACGAUAACUGUAGUUGCAGUUUUGUCAACGGGACUUGAAGGGACAAGAUCGAUAAUCGUCGAUAAUAAUGAAGAAGCAAGACUACACAUGUUUUUAUUUGAAAAUUACAACAAGCAUCUGAGACCCGUGGUUAAUAAAUCCCGCGCCUUGACUGUCCGUCUGGGGUUGACGCUUCACCAAAUCGCUAGCCUGGUGGAGAAGAGUCAAUUUCUACAGACAAGUCUCUGGGUCAGACAGAUGUGGAGGAAUGAAUAUUUGACCUGGGACCCCAAAGAGUUUGGGGGAAUUAGCACAAUCAACGUUAACGUUGACAAAGUCUGGGUACCUGACAUCUAUCUUUAUAACAAUGCCGAUGCCGAUGGAGAUGGCGCCCUGAAUAAAUUUGGGACACAGAUCAAACUUCUCUUCAAUGGAAUCAACAUUUGGCUCGCCCCAGUCCUUCUCACGAGCUCAUGCAAGAUCGACGUCACAUACUUCCCCUUCGAUGAACAGCACUGCAGUCUCAAGUUCGGGAGCUGGACGUACGAUGGAGAACGGCUAGAUCUUGUCAGUGAAUCCCCAUCCGGCGAUGUGUCUAAAUAUGUCCCUAGCGGACAGUGGGACUUAGUCUCCUUCACGGCCAAGCGGAACGAAAUUUUCUACGUCUGUUGUCCCCAGUCCUACCCGGACGUGACCUUCACCUUGAACAUCCGCCGGAAGACGAUAUUUUAUUACAUGAACCUGAUCAUGCCUUGUUUUCUCAUAACAGGUUUGACACUGUUAUCGUUCUUCCUUCCACCGGAAUCCGGGGAGCGUAUCACGCUCGUCAUAACCAACCUCCUUGCGAUGACAGUGUUCAUGUUGCUAGUAGCAGACUGGCUACCACCCACAUCCGAGGUGGUACCUCUCAUCAGCAUGUAUUACACUCUUACUAUGAUGGAGGUUGGUCUGGCGCUAGUAGCCACCUGCCUGGUUCUCAAAUGCUACUUCAUGAACCCUGUCACCACGGAAAUGCCCUUCCUGGUCAGACUGUUGGUUCUUAAAUGGCUGGCAAAGCUGACCCGCGUCAAGGUACCACCGGCCAUCAAGACCAUCAAGACCGAGCUAUGCGCGGAGGAGGCGGAGGUUAACAAGGAAAUGCUACGCGAGAAGGCGCGAACUGCAGGCUUCAGGCGCAUGAGCCGACAAGAACCUUCUCUUUAUAACAACAACUGCGACGACAAAACCUCCCUCCACUCGCGACGACUCUCGGGGGAUACCGUCAAACGAAAGGUGUCUUUCUUCCAAGCCGAGUACCCUUCCUACCAAGCAGCUGGCCCUAACCUUCUUCACGCAAGAAAUAUCGUCACAAAAACAUCCGACUUUGAAAAGUCUAUUCAAUCCAUUCCUGAGAUAAAGUACACUGAUCAUAAUGCUGACGACCAGAGUGAUGCCAGCUCAAUAAGCGAUUCCGAGACGGACAAACUCACUUCCAUGCUAGUCUGCCGACAGGAAAAUAUCGCAAACAACUUGCGUCGGAUCGUAAAGAUCGCUCAAAGCAAAGAAGAAGAAGAUCUCAAGAGAGAGGAGUGGAAAGUAGUGGCGGAAAUCAUCGAUAAAUUUUUCUUUAUGGUGUUCUUUGUGAUGAUGGUUUCCUCGACAAUUGUGAUCUUCAUGCAAGCCCCGAGGUACUCUUUACAGCCGCUUCAGCCAAACGCUGACGCUGGACCGUGAAAAGCAGGCUGUUUUGGUUUGAAUUUUCCAACUUUCACGUCUUAUUCCUGUCGUGAAUACGAUCAAUCAAGUGAUGAUUACUUGAGGAAUUAGGCGAGGAAAUCACCUGAUGGCUUUUGAUUCAUAUGGAGAAUACAAACGCAUCCUUUCUAA